CUGUUGUUCAAAUCAACUGAUUUGUGACAUAAAUUUGUGAUAUUGAACUUUCUGUGAUUUUUUUUUCCCUGCAGAAGGUCAAACUUAAUAGAAAAAUUGGAAGUAUGCCCAAUGAAAAUCCAUAUAGCAGGUGGGCUUUACCUAUGAUACAUUUUCAGAAAAUAAAUAUUGCUUGCUGUUGACAUUAUUUCUAAUUCCAAUAGGCUAUAUCUGGAUCUUUUCUCCAGUUUAACAGGAAUUAAAACAUUGUGACCCAAAGAGCAGAAUAUAAUUCAAAACAAGGAAGGAUCUCAUACACAGCUCUAUAGAAUAAACAGAACAUUGGUUGUUAUGCUCUGGCACACAUGUAAAGACAGUAAUAGGAAAACAUAUUAUUUAACAUCUACUACACUGAGGUUUAUUGCAAAAAGAAAAAGACUUGUGUCUUGCCCUUUUAACCUUUGUUUUAAAAUUUUUAUUCUUUAUAGGAUAAUUAGUCAAAACCCCCACAAAUUCUGAAGUGAGAAAGGAGACACCAAAGAAGAUAAAAGUUUUGUCCAUUUCUGUCUGCUCAGGAAUGCCAAAUCUUAUUUUUGCUUUUUUUUAUUGUAGGGUAUGGCUACUUUCAGCCAUGACUGCAGUACACAGAUACCAGAGCUCCCUUUAACCUGGCUUAGCAGUGCAGGUACCUGAAGCAGUGUAGCCAUGGCAGCACAGAGCUCUGAGUGGCCUAAUUACUCUGCCAGGAAAUAAAUGGAUACUGGCAAAGAAGCAAUAGAGGUGAAAACCCCACAGAGUCACCAGGAUGUGAUGCCCAAUGAUGAGCAGUAAUUACUGCAGCAACACUUCAGCCAGCAUGAGUGUCAACGAAAUGUCUGCCUUCCCUCUGACUCUAGAGCAAAAAACUGGCUUUGCCUUUGUGGGGAUUUUGUGUGUUUUCUUGGGACUUCUAAUUAUCCGAUGCUUCAAAAUCUUGCUAGACCCCUAUAGUAGUAUGCCUUCUUCUACAUGGGAAGAUGAAGUUGAGGGGUUGGAUAAAGGAACAUUUGAAUAUGCUCUUGCAUGAAAACUCACAGAAUAUCCUGCCUUAAAUUUGAUGUUGAUUUCAUUUUGGAAACCAACUGUUGUUACAUUUGUUAUACAUCCCCGCAUUUUGGAGAUAUGUUGGUGGCAUCCAUUUUGUUAAAUAAAUAUUUGUUGCAAACUCAAAA